AUGAUUCAGCCUCAACUUAUUUUACUUCGGGAAGGAACUGAUACCUCUCAGGGAAAGCCUCAGUUGAUCAGCAACAUUAAUGCUUGUAUGAAUGUUGUGGAUACUGUGAAAACUACACUUGGUCCUUGUGGAAUGGACAAACUGAUCCAUAAUGGACGAGAUGUUAAUAUCUCUAAUGAUGGUGCGACUAUUAUGAAUCUUUUGGAAAUUGUCCACCCUGCAGCUAAAAGUCUUGUGGAUAUUGCUAUGUCUCAAGAUCAUGAAGUUGGUGAUGGAACCACUUCAGUGGUCGUUUUAGCAGGAGAACUACUGAAGGAAGCAAAAUCUUGUGUUGAGGAUGGUAUAGCCCCACAGGUUAUAAUUAAAGCUUUUCGUACUGCCUUGUCAGUUGUGAUGAAGUCUUUGGGAGAAUUAUGUGUUCCAUUUGAUCCUAAUUCUGAAGAGGGCCAUAAAAACCUUAUUCGAUGCGCAGAAACUGCCUUGAAUUCUAAACUUCUUAACACAGAAUGUUUGUUCUUUGCAAAAAUGGCUACCGAUGCUGUUUUGGCACUUGACAGCGACUUUAAUCUUGAUAUGAUUGGUAUCAAGAAGGUUCCUGGUGGAAGUAUGCGUGAAAGUAUUCUUGUCGAUGGUGUGGCGUUCAAAAAGACAUUCUCCUAUGCUGGUUUUGAACAGCAACGCAAGAAGUUUGAAAAUCCAAAGGUACUGUUGUUAAAUGUUGAACUAGAACUUAAGGCAGAAAAGGAUAACGCUGAGGUGCGUGUAAAGGACCCUAAACAGUACCAGUCUAUUGUGGAUGCGGAGUGGAAAAUUAUUUUUGAUAAAAUGGACAAAUGCGUUAGCACAGGUGCAAAGAUUGUCCUUUCUCGACUUCCCAUUGGUGACCUAGCUACACAGUACUUUGCUGACCGUGACAUUUUCUGUGCUGGUCGCGUCAGUGCAGAUGAUAUGGCUCGUGUGGCGAUGGCAACAGGUGGUGCUGUUCAAUCUACUGUAAACAAUAUUCCUGAAGAAGCAUUGGGAACUUGCGCACUUUUUGAAGAACGUCAAGUUGGAACAGAGCGUUACAACUUUUUUACUGGAUGCAAGAGCGCCAAAACGGCUACUAUUAUUCUUCGAGGUGGUGCCCAGCAGUUUAUUGAUGAAGCGGAUCGUUCUCUUCAUGAUGCUAUUUGUAUUGUGAAACGUGCCUACAAGACAGGAUCUGUUGUCGGUGGAGGUGGUGCUGUGGAGAUGGAACUCAGCAGAAUUCUUCGAGAGUACUCUCGUACUAUUCGUGGAAAAGAACAAAUGGUCAUUGGUGGCUUUGCUCGGGCUUUGGAAAUUAUUCCGCGUCAACUGGCUGAGAAUGCUGGACACGACAGUACUGAUACUCUUAAUAAACUCCGACAAAAGCAUCACAUUGCUGCUGGAGGCAAUGGGAAAUGGUAUGGUGUGGAUAUCAUCAAUGGUGGUGUUUGUGAUACAUUUGAACGCUUUGUUUGGGAACCUACACUAGUGAAGCGAAAUGCCAUUCAGAGUGCCACAGAAGCAGCUUGUCUUAUCCUUUCUAUUGAUGAGACUGUAACUAACCCAGAGUCUGAAGCUGGAAAGAAGCAAGCAGCUGCUGGACGUGGUGGUGGUGCUAUGCCAAUCAGUAAGGCUGGAAUGGGUGGUAUGUUUAAAGGUGCUCCCGGAGUAACAAGAAUGAAGGGUCGUGCCGGACGAUGA